UGGGGAGACCUCGUGUGGCUCACUGUUGUGGUCCAGUGUGAUCACCAAAGUAUGCACUUGGAGCCUGGGGCGAUGCUGCUGGCAAGUCAUUCAUUCAUCAGAUGUUAAUUGAACUCCGACCACGUGUGACUGUGUGCCCUAGCAGAGGUUAAGUGUGUGGAGUGUUAUGGGAACCCCGAGGGGAACCCCCAACCCUGCCCAGGAGGGUCAAGGAUGGUUUUCCAGGUGAGGUGACUCUUGAACGGGGUUUUGAAGGAAUAGUUAUUCAGGCAGCCUGGGGGUGAUGGGGUUUAGGUGAUCCAGGCAGAGGGCACAACUCAAGCAAAGGCAUGGAGGUAUAGGUGAGUGUUGUGGUUAGAGAUACCACAGGUUUUUUAGUGAUUGGAAGAGGAUAGUAUCAAGAUACAGCAGGGACUGAUGUGCAAGGCCAAGAAACACUGGGUGGGGCCGGGGAGGGAAGGUUUCACCCAAGAGGGGCAUCAGAGUGGAACUUGAAGAGAUGAAUUGGAGUUCACAAAGCUCGUGUUUUGAAGACAUUCUCAAGAGCAGGAAUGCUGUUCUGUUCAUCUUUGCAACUUCUAGUCGGGUGUCUUUGAGCGACGCACCCACUCCCUCUGAGAUUAGUUUCCUCAUCUGUAAAAUGAAGGACACAAAGAUGCCACCCAAGCGCAUAGCUAAGAAAAGGUCACCCCCAGAAGAUGCCAUCCCCAAAAGCAAGAAGGUGAAGGGCGCGAGGGCUGCUACCUCCCGCCGCGUUCCCGGCGCCCGCUCCUGCCAAGGUGCCUGCGGGCCGAGCCCGCCUGACCAGAAAGCUCCAACAGUCUCACAUAGGUCCCACAGCACAGAACCAGGCUUGGUGCUGACACUGGGCCAGGGCGACGUGGGCCAACUGGGGUUAGGUGAGAAUGUGAUGGAGAGGAAGAAGCCAGCCCUGGUGUCCAUUCUGGAGGAUGUUGUUCAGGCCGAGGCUGGGGGCAUGCACACCGUGUGUCUAAGCAAAAAUGGCCAGGUCUACUCCUUCGGCUGCAAUGAUGAGGGAGCCCUGGGAAGGGACACAUCAGUGGAGGGCUCGGAGAUGGUCCCCGGGAAAGUGGAACUGCAAGAAAAGGUGGUACAGGUGUCAGCAGGAGACAGUCACACAGCAGCCCUCACCGAGGAUGGCCGUGUCUUCCUCUGGGGCUCCUUCCGGGACAAUAACGGUGUAAUCGGGCUGUUGGAACCCAUGAAGAAGAGCAUGGUGCCCGUACAGGUGCAGCUGGAUGCUCCUGUGGUGAAGGUAGCCUCAGGAAAUGACCACUUGGUGAUGCUAACAGCUGACGGCGACCUCUACACCUUGGGCUGCGGGGAGCAGGGCCAGCUGGGCCGUGUGCCUGAGUUAUUUGCCAACCGUGGUGGCCGUCAGGGCCUUGAACGACUCCUGGUGCCUAAGUGUGUGAUGCUGAAAUCCAGGGGAAGCCGGGGCCAUGUGAAAUUCCAGGAUGCCUUCUGCGGUGCCUAUUUCACCUUUGCCAUCUCCCGUGAGGGCCACGUAUAUGGCUUUGGCCUCUCCAACUACCAUCAGCUUGGAACUCAAGGCACAGAAUCUUGUUUCAUACCCCAGAACCUAACAUCCUUCAAGAAUUCCACCAAGUCCUGGGUGGGCUUCUCUGGUGGCCAGCACCAUACAGUCUGCAUGGAUUCAGAAGGAAAAGCGUACAGCCUGGGCCGGGCUGAGUACGGGCGGCUGGGCCUUGGGGAGGGUGCUGAGGAGAAGAGCAUACCCACCCUCAUCUCCAGGCUGCCCACCGUCUCCUCAGUGGCUUGUGGGGCCUCUGUGGGGUACGCUGUGACGAAAGAUGGUCGUGUUUUUGCCUGGGGCAUGGGCACCAACUACCAGCUGGGCACAGGGCAGGAUGAGGACGCCUGGAGCCCUGUGGAGAUGACGGGCAAACAGCUGGAGAACCGUGUGGUCUUAUCUGUCUCCAGCGGGGGCCAGCACACAGUCUUACUAGUCAAGAACAAGGACCAGAGCUGAUGAAGCCUCUGAGGGCCUGGCCCCCCACAGCCUCCCUCACAGAAUAGGGAAGAUUCCAGCAGGCUCUCCCCAUCCCUGAACACUGUGUCAUCUGCCUUUUUCCCAUCAGCAGAACAGAAUCCGUUUCCUCUUUUUCUUCCUCCUUUUUGGAAUCAUCCUGGGACCUGCAGGAUGAUGGGGGGAUGGGUGGGAGGUCUCUCAGAAGGAAUACUGCUCACCAGGGAGCUAUGUGGUUUGACUUUUGCUCCCAUUUCCCUACCUUCCAUGGGCCUGGCUGGGCCUGGCUUUGCCUACCAGAAAACCAAAGCUUCCUUGCUUGGGAGUUUGGUGCCCACACUCUGAGAACUUGGGGCUCCAUCAAGCUCCUUUCUAGUCACGUGCCCCUUUCCUGUCCCCAGCAAUCUACUGGCAGACAAAUGGUACAGUCAUUAGACCAGCUGCCAUGGACCCAUGCCUGAGGGAAUCUGGAGAAAAGGCAGGGCUGCACAGCCAGGGCAACCCCAAGCCAGAUGUUUGGCUCUGAUCAGGUGUCCAUGGGACAAAACAGAAUGAUCCCCCACUUGACCAAGAAGGAAGCCAACUAGCGGUUCUCCCAGAAGCACAAAGCACACACCUGUCCAUCAGGCAGUGCCCGUAUCUGCCCAUCCAUUUGGCUUCACCUGCAGUUCAGGGCCUGAAACCUCAAAGAGAAGCCACAUGUGCCGGGCAGGGUAGGACAGGGCAGGGCAGGGUGUGGGGUGAGAGAGGAUGGAGGGUUUUAUAAGCAAAUUUACAGCAAUAUUGAGCGGGAAGGGUGGGGAAGAGGGUUGGAGGAGAAGAGGCUGGUCCCAAGAAGGAAGCAGCACCUUGUACAGUGGCUGAGAAAAUAGAAAAUAGUUUUGAUUUUUUUUAAUUGUAAAAUAUUUUGGAGGGGAGAGUGAAAUCUUUUAAAAGUUUGAAUAAAUCUAGAGUUUUAUAAAACAGG